AUGGCAACGCACACAUUGGAGGAUCUCGUUGCGGCUGUCCUGAAAUCGUUUGACGAGCUGCAAGCAUCCUUGCUUGACAAGACGUUUAUGACGUUACAAAAGGUGAUGGAGUGCAUUUUUAAGAUUGGUGGUGACAACAGCUUUAAGCUACCGCACCAGAAGAAGAAUGCAUUGCUCAAAAAGGGUCCUUUGCCGCCUCAGUUGGAGUGCGAUGACGAAGUUAGCGCGGCGUUGGAUGCAAUGGGGGAAAGAAUUGACUUUGAACGUCGUGUUGACAUUCUCAGUGACCUCUUCGACAAUGGUUGUCAGUUUCAAGACAAAGCCGACUUGUCGGAUUCCAUUUGCUCUCAAUUAGUUGGCGUCGAGUUAGUUUCAGAUGAGUAA